CUUAUCGUUUCAUUAGGCUGUAAAAAAAAAAAAAAAUGUCGUUAGAUUGAAUGUGCGACAAAGAGGACGAUAAUGCGCAAAUAUGCGGUCAAUGUUGGUCAAAGUUUAGAUGGAACCCUGACUAUAAUAGUGUUGUUGCGGGCGAAUGAGCGCUUCCUCUCAGCCUCUCACUGCCUGUCUCUCCUGCGGUUACCGAGACGCAGGCUGGUCGUGCCACCUAAAUACCUCAACCAGCUAUCUGCUGCUCUGCGUUAUCCCCUUUGUGCCGCGGUGUACAGCUUGUGUGAUUGUUGCAGAGGAUUGGGCUACUCGUUUCUACAAGGUUUUGCUCGGAACGCAAAAUUAUCUGGUAUAGGUGUUUUGCCAAAAAUCAACUAAUUCUGAAUUGAACAAUAGGAUAUUGCUUUUUAAUUAAUUUGUCCUGGUAUGCUUUUAAUCCUGUGCUAUUUUUCAAGUAUUUUAAGGACGAAUGGAAAUCGAUUCAAGUAAAGACGAAUUACGAUAGAUCAGAACUAUAGAUUACAGUCAAAUUGAGUGAGCGUUCGAGUUUGAUUGAAAUAACUCAACAUAGCCUACAUUUGGCCAGUUUCGCUGCACCAAUAUAGUGCCCGUCUUUCAAACUGCUGAGAGACUGGAGAGGUUGUCUCGCACUGAAUGAGUCGCUUUGGAACGCGCGCUAUCCACAGAGCGAGCCGGUGGUGAAAAAGGUCGGGAUUGCGAUCAGUAGGCUAGCCUAUAUUGGAAAUUAAAAACGAUUUUGGAAUAAUGGUGAAGUGAAAAUAAGAACACCGAAGAUGCAACAUCUCCUUGGUAGAAUACACGAUGGACAAACGCCUGCCAUGAAUGGUGAGAGCGUAACCCGAUGAAGAAUGAUACAUGUAUAUCACAUGCAAGGGAGAGCAAUUGCCAAGAAUUUUCUGGAAGAGGAGAACGAGACAUACCUUGUUUACUGCCGUCAAAGAGGCAGAAAGGACGGUCUUAUGAUGGUCAGAAUGAGCUCAGGAAUAAGGCUUUUGCUGAGGUGAAAAUUAUGGAAGCCUGACCCAAGGAGAACCUUCCACCUGAUUAUCCAUAGCCUGGUCGCUGUUGGCCAUUCCCUCUGGUGUGGUGGGAAGAGACCUGCAGGCUGUGAUUGACGGGCGAUGCCCCGUGAGUGAACCUAUGGCAGUGACACAACACAAUACAGGUUCCUUUGUGUGACUCUACCAUGGACCACAUCCUCUGUUGCCUGCUGGUCCUGGGAACCGCAGUGAUGAUGGCCCAUGCAUGCCCUAAGUACUGUGUCUGCCAGAACCUAUCCGAGUCCCUUGGGACCCUGUGCCCCUCCAAAGGCCUUCUCUUCGUCCCGUUGGACCUCGACCGGCGCACUGUGGAGCUCCGGCUGGGUGGCAACUACAUCCUCCGCAUCACUCAGCAGGACUUUGCCAACAUGACCGACCUGGUGGACCUGACGCUCAGCCGCAACACCAUCAGCUACAUCCAGCCCUUCUCCUUCGGCGACCUGGAGACCCUGCGUUCCUUACAUCUGGACAACAACCGCCUCAUGGAGCUGGGUCCAGAGGAUCUCCGGGGCCUGGUUAACCUGCAGCACCUCAUCCUCAACAACAACCAGCUGGGAAGCAUCUCAGACAGGACCUUCGAAGACCUGGCCCCCUCCCUGGAGGAUCUGGAUCUGUCCUACAACAACCUGAGGAGCCUGCCCUGGAACUCAGUCAAGCAGAUGGUCUCCCUCCACCAGUUGAGUCUUGAUCAUAACCUCCUGGACUUUAUCCCUGAGGGGACCUUUACUAAUCUAGAAAGGUUGGCUCGCCUGGAUCUCACCUCCAACCGGCUGCAGAAGCUGCCCCCGGACCCCAUCUUCGCCAGGGCACAGGAUUUGGUGCUGUUGACCACGCCCUACACCCCUCAGCUGUCCCUUAGCAUCGGGGGAAACCCCCUGCAUUGUAACUGCGAGGUGCUGUGGCUGCGGCGGCUGGAGAGGGAUGACGACCUGGAGACCUGCGCUUCCCCUCCCAGCCUGAAAGGGCGCUACUUCUGGUAUGUGAGGGAGGAGGAGUUUGUGUGCGAGCCGCCACUCAUCACUCAGCACACUCACAGGAUGCUGGUGCUGGAGGGCCAGACGGCCAGCCUGAGGUGCGAGGCUGUUGGAGACCCCACCCCUACCAUCCACUGGAUGGCCCCCGAUGACCGUCUCCUCGGCAACUCAUCCCGUAACGCUGUCUACCGCAACGGCACCCUGGAAAUCCUCAUUACCACCUCCAAGGACUACGGUACCUUCACCUGCAUCGCUGCCAACGUGGCUGGAGAGUCCACCGCCUCUGUGGAGCUGUCAAUCAUCCAGCUGCCCCACCUUAGCAACGGCACCAGUCAAGCCUCGCAGCCCAAGUCCCGCCUCUCAGACAUCACAGGCACCACUAGGAUCAGCAAGGGGGUUCCUAAGAGCCCGCCUGAGAAAGUGGUCACUGUGUCAGAGGUGACAGCCAUUUCAGCUCUGGUUAAGUGGACAGUCAGCAAGGCAGCGCCCAAGGUGAAAAUGUUUCAGCUCCAGUACAACUGUUCGGACGACGAAGUCCUCAUCUACAGGAUGAUCCCGGCCUCCAGCAAUGCCUUCCUGGUGACCAACCUGGUGUCGGGGACAAAGUACGACCUGUGUGUCUUGGCCGCCUGGGACGACACCGCCACCACCCUGACUGCCACCAACGUGGUGGGCUGUGCCCAGUUCUUCACCCGCGAUGACUACACCCAGUGCCAGUCUCUCCACAGCCAGUUCCUAGGGGGCACCAUGAUCCUGGUGGUGGGUGGCAUCAUUGUGGCGACGCUACUCGUCUUCAUCAUUAUCCUGAUGCUGCGCUACAAGGCCACCGACAAUGAGGGGGGUGGCACGGGGGGGAUCAGCAAGCUGACCAGCGUUAGUGCCACCCACUCACAGACCAAUGGGGGCCGGCUGGGACAGAAUGGCAUGCCCCUGCCCUUGCCCAAACCCAAGGCCAAAGUAACCAUCAAAGACGAGGUGGUGGAGUUUAAAUGCGGAUCCCUCCAGAGCAGCCUCACCUCCUCCUCUUCCUCGUCGGGUGGCUCGGUGGUUGGGGGUGGCUCUCACAGCCCCAACAGCACCCUGGCCAACAUGUGGAGGCAGGCGGCCCCCUCCAAGCCCCGGGCCAACCUGGACCACCUGCUGGGAGCCUUCAACUCCCUAGAGCUCCGGGCGGGCCAGGCCAGGGGUAGGGGAGACCUGGGGGAGCCAUCCUCCAGCAGUAGCACUCUAGUGGCGGGCGGCGAUAGGCCCCCCACGGACAGGGAGCCCCUGCUGGGCCACACAAUGGACUCACGGCUCAGCCGGGUGCUCAUGCUGCCUCUGGACUCCAAGCCAAGAAGAAGCCAGUCGUUUGACAUGGGGGACUGUAUGGAUACAAACCGCCAAACAGAAAAAGCGAUGGCCUCUAGCGCCUCGACGGCCACAACGCCGGUGUGCAGCUACCCCCGGCGCAUCAGCAGCAUCUGGACUAAGAGGAGCUUGUCGGUGAACGGCAUGCUGCUGCAGUGUGACGAGGAGGGUGACAUGGGAGGGAGCAAGGGGACCUUCGAGAGCCAAGAGUGGGUCAUGGAGAGUACUGUCUAGGAGAGAUGGUGACACACUUUACAUCUUCUUAAACACUGCCCCAGGAAGGUGGCAAUACGCCUAAGUUCUGAUAGACCCACCGGUGAGUGGAGAAGUCCCUGCUUCCUCCCUCCUUCCUUGUUUACAUGGAAUUAAUUCAUGUUAAUCUAUUGUGGAUCCACCAUUGUUGUGACAGAUAAGUAAAGCUCAAACCACACCUCUCGAACCCCAAAAUGGGUAAAUAGGGUGAAGACGCUCGGUGGACGGAGCUGAUUGGUGGAGUGAGGAUGUUUUGUGUUUGUAUGUGUGUGUUCUCUACAUGGGGAGGGGGGGACGCACAGUAAUGGUCAACCACAAACUACAAGUAAGUCAUGCAAUGAAACCUAGUGGAUUGUGCAAUUUGUGUGCGGUAUGGAGUCACAUGGAAACUCAGAAAUUGGAAGCAGGCCUGUUGUUCAAAACGAGGGCCUUAGUUUCUCAGACACAAGGAACGUAAAACAAAUCACUGUAUUUGUUGACUUGUAAAAUGGCAUACCAUAAAAGCCACUCUUGUUGCUGAGAUGUUGGGCCAUGCCUCUGGACUAUACUACUGCUGCAAGUUCAUCUGAAAUAUGUCAUGAAUUUUUAUAUAUUUAAUUUUGCCGAUCAAAUACACAUUGUCUAAUACUGUUCUUCGCCUCUGUACAAGAUGGGGCUCCGACCUCAAUAUUUGCAUUAUGAAAAACCACAAUACACAAGUAUAUCCAGCCACAUUGUUUUUAUAUCCACAGAACCAUUUUGUUUCUUAAUCCAUUUGGACUGAAUGGUAUUUAUAUAUCAGUGAUGUAAUGAGUCCUUACAAAAAUAUAUAAAAAAGAUUUCAUGAAAACAAUGUCUGUGAAUAUAUUAACUUUAUACACAGAGUAUAUAUUUGAGGGUUCAUUAAAUAGCUCCAUAUCUGGUACCCUAUCAAGUUGGAUUAAUGUAUAAAGCAAGCAAACAAUUUCUCUUUCUUAAAGUUAACAAUGUGAAAAUGGUAAGGUCUUACGUGAAAAUGGAACUGUUAUCGUGAAUUAACCCAAUAUAGAGCUCACAACCAGCACAAGUUAACACUCUCCAGCAAGAAAGAUUGAGCCCCCAGAAAAACUGCAGCUCAACAUGCACAAUUGUUGAGAGACAAGCAUUCUUCUCCAAUUCCAAGGAACAUUUGUACAUGUUUAUGAACUUUGAUGCACUGACCUUUAUUCUCUAUCUGGAACUCAUCACCUUAAAUGAUCGACAUUUGAGAGUAAGCAUACAGCUUGCCACCCUUACCAGUUAUUGGCAUGAGAAAUGUACAGGGAAUUCGUACUGAACUAUCAGUGUCUAGGAAUUGUCCAACCGGAUUUUUGGUUUGGUAGCAUAAACUCGCAGUGUUACAAAACCCUCCAUCUCUUUGUGAUCGUGUCAAGACAGCCCUUCAAGAACAUGAACUGCAACUGAUUUAACUUGAGUUUACAAAAAAAAAAAAAAGUCCAUUGUAAGGUACCAUAAACGUACAGUCCACAAUGGUUAUGCUCUCAACCAUGGUGAAGUUGUUGGCUUUUCUGUAACGUGUACAACUUGCAUGUUUAUCGAGGACUAACUCAUAAAGACCACGAAGGACCUUAUACACUCUCUCUCGAUCUGUCCUUUCUCACGUUGUCUGAAUGACUUCCAUUGCUUCUGUACAUUGACUCUGUAUACUGGCUUUUUUUGUACAAUAAUUGAGUGAGAAUGUUCAAUGGCGAAAAACAAUAAUGUAUACCAGUGUCUUUCUUUUCUUUGUAAGCAUAAAGAAAUACAGAGGUGCUUCACUGUAUCAUUACAGCGUAACCAUGUACAUUUCUCACCUGGAAUUGUAGACAAUGUUUCGGUGGUCAAACCUAUUGUUUUUUGCUACAAAAUGAACAAAAAUAAAAAUAAAGAUAUUC